AGAUGAUCCAGCAACGAGUGUCGUCGAGCUCCUUGGCAUGAGUCUGUUUGGGAGCAUGAGUCAGUUUUUACCUCAGGACAUUGAAUCACAACUAUCACCAUCGGAUGUAAAACAGAAUUCCUCAAACCAGAAGUUGAACAGAUCUGCUUUUUGUGUGUUACGAGCAUGUGGAAAUUGCAGGAGACUGAAGACAAAAUGUGACAACACACGGCCUUGCAGUCGCUGCCUUGCCAGGGGCAUAGCGAGUACUUGCACUGACUGGGCAAAGGAUAAACCAGAAUCAAGGAAGCAGGUUUCCAAGGCUUGCGAGCCAUGCCGCCGGCUGAAGGAAAGAUGUGACGAUGAGAGGCCUUGUAAACGGUGUUGUAAGAGAGGGAGAACGCAUCUUUGCGUUGACUCCUCUCAUGAAGACACCAGUCAGCCCAAGGAUUCACCAGUCAAUCAGCAGAGCCCGAUGUCGCCUGUGCCAAGUCCUCCCACGGAAAUCAACAAGAGUGUGAGCCCUAUAGAACAAGUGGACCGACCUCUGGCUUUCAAGGCCAACACCGCCUCCUUUGGGAUUGAAUGUGGUCAGGCCCUGGAGGGUAUCUUCACUGGUUCCACUGCUCUGGUUAAGAGAUUCAACGAGUUCGGAUUCAACUCUAGCCAGAACCUCAAGAUGUUUCUGACGAUGCCUCCAAAGUUGCAAGAUAUGCUGAAGGAAGGAGUAAGAUUUCUGGAGAACAUGUUUGUGCUGAAGGAUGAUGGGAUUUCUACUGCAAGGCAUAACAUUCACCUCCUUGAGAAUGACAAUGCAAGCAAUCUGAGCAAUUGUGAAGACUCAGAGAUUAGUGCCCUGGAAAAUUUCUCUUCUCUUCACGGUUCUGCCUGUGUCCGUAUCAGAUACGACCCUGAGGAGUCAAGGAGGAAAGAUGUGUGCGUGACAAAUUCAAUGACCAAGCUGACAGGAUUGCACAAAGAAGAGCUUCUGACUCGAUUUGCUGCAAAGGACAUUCCGUUCUACAUGACUGAGUUGGAUCAAUUCUGCAAGACGAUUGAGGGUGCCUUUCACGCCAACGAUGUCCUGCUAGAGCGUUAUUAUCGUGUGAAGGAUAUUUGGUCAGAGAAGCCAAAGGGUUGCAUCUUCUGCAAGUUGUCGCAAUGCCGUCAAUUUGACGGACGAGGACGUGUUCUGAAUCAGCUCUACUACUUUAACCCUGUCUCACCUGAGGAGUUUGAUCGUGUUCAGAGGGAAAAUCCUGAAAUGUGCAGGCCAUUUGCAAGGGAGAUGGGAGACUUUAGGACGUCAAAUGAGCUCAUGAACGAUUUUCAAGUCGAUAUGGAGAGCUGA